CCAUCUCGGAAAAUCGGGGUCAUAAAAAAAUACGAGUUUUCCCGUUGCAAUUAAUCCCGACAUUGUGUUGAUCGUCAAGUGCGCUCACCUCGCAAUUGCGCCAUUUCCGACAGGCCCCGAAGGUCGCGUUAUUAUUAUUCGCCGAAAUCGAAACUCUCACGCGCGGUCCCUUUAAGACGCCGCCACGCCCACAGGAGGCUCGUGCACGCGACGCGCUGCUUGUUGUUUGUGCUCCAACAAGAUGGCGGUGGCUCCUGAGAGCAGAGUGCUUUCCUACACUGUUUAUAAAUGGAGUUCAUACUCCUCGACAUACUUACCCGAGAACAUUUUGGUUGAUAAACCCAAUGACCAGUCUUCCAGGUGGUCAUCAGAAAGCAAUUAUCCUCCACAGUACUUGAUCUUAAAACUGGAGAGACCAGCUAUUGUACUAAGCAUCACCUAUGGCAAGUAUGAGAAAACACACGUUUGCAACCUGAAGAAGUUCAAGGUGUUUGGAGGCAUGAGUGAGGAAAACAUGACCGAGCUCUUGUCCAGUGGCCUUAAGAAUGACUUCAACAAGGAGACAUUCACGCUGAAGCACAAGAUCGAUGAGCAGAUGUUCCCUUGCAGAUACAUUAAAAUAGUGCCUCUGAUGUCAUGGGGCCCCAGUUUUAACUUCAGUAUCUGGUACAUUGAGCUGCAUGGGAUAGAAGAUCCAGAUGUAGUCCAGCCCUGCCUUAACUGGUACAGUAAGUACCGUGAACAGGAGGCCAUCCGUCUGUGUCUGAAGCACUUCCGGCAGCACAACUACACUGAGGCCUUCGAGUCGCUGCAGAAGAAGACGCGUAUAGCGCUGGAGCACCCCAUGCUCACGCACCUCCACGAGCGCCUGGUCCUUCGUGGAGACUUUGAUGCCUGUGAGGAGCUCAUCGAUAAAGCUGUGAGAGAUGGCUUGUUUAAUCAGUACAUCAGUCAACAGGAGUACAAGCCACGCUGGAGUCAGAUCAUCCCCAAAUGCACCAAAGGUGACGGGGAUGACAGUAGGCCCGGGAUGAGAGGUGGUCAUCAGAUGGUGAUAGAUGUGCAGACGGAGACUGUGUAUCUGUUUGGAGGUUGGGAUGGCACACAGGACUUGGCAGAUUUCUGGGCCUAUAGUGUGCAGGAGAAUCAGUGGGCCUGUAUCUCCAGAGACACAGAGAAAGAGAAUGGUCCCAGUGCACGCUCCUGCCAUAAGAUGUGCAUCGACUCUCAGAGGAGGCAGAUCUACACGCUGGGCCGCUAUCUGGACUCCUCUGUCCGAAACAGCAAGUCUCUGAAGAGUGACUUCUACCGGUACGACAUUGAUGCUAACACGUGGACGCUGCUCAGCGAGGACACUUCUGCAGAUGGAGGCCCUAAACUUGUGUUCGACCACCAGAUGUGCAUGGACUCGGAGAAGCACAUGAUCUACACGUUUGGUGGUCGGAUCCUGACAUGUAAUGGUAGUGUUGAUGAUGGACGCACGUCAGAGCCGCAGUUCAGUGGCCUGUAUGCCUAUCAGUGCCAAGCAGGUACCUGGAGCCUUCUGAGAGACGACUCGUGUAACGCCGGCCCUGAGGAUGUGCAGUCUCGCAUCGGCCACUGCAUGCUCUUUCACACGAGGAAUCGCUGCCUGUAUGUGUUUGGAGGCCAGAGGUCCAAGACGUACCUGAAUGAUUUCUUUAGUUACGACGUGGAUGCUGACCACGUAGAGAUCAUCUCCGACGGCACCAAGAAAGACUCUGGCAUGGUACCAAUGACUGGCUUCACCCAGCGUGCCACCAUCGACCCAGAACUGAACGAGAUUCAUGUUCUGUCAGGCCUUAGCAAAGACAAAGAUAAACGAGAGGAGAAUGUCCGGAACUCCUUCUGGAUCUAUGACAUUGCACGCAACAACUGGUCGUGCGUGUAUAAGAAUGACCAGGCUGUGAAGGAGAACCCCAGCAAGACACUGCAGGAGGAAGAGCCGUGCCCUCGGUUCGCUCACCAGCUCGUGUAUGAUGAGCUGCACAAGGUGCAUUACCUGUUUGGGGGAAACCCAGGCAAGUCAAGCUCUCCUAAGAUGCGUCUGGAUGACUUUUGGUCUCUGAAACUCUGCCGCCCAUCUAAAGAGUACUUACUGAGACACUGCAAAUAUCUCAUCCGCAAAUACAGGUUUGAGGAGAAGGCUCAGACCGAACCACUGAGUGCCCUGCAGUACUUGCAGAAUGAUCUCUCUCUGACUGUGGACCACUCUGACCCUGAUGAGACUAAAGAGUUUCAGCUCCUGCCCUCAGCGCUCUUCAAGUCCAGCUCAGAUUUCAUCCCACUGGGCUUUUCAGAUGUAGAUCAGACGUACGCCCAGCGCACACAGCUCUUUGACACACUGGUAAACUUCUUCCCCGACAACAUGACCCCGCCCAAGGGUAACCUCGUUGACCUCAUUACCCUGUAGCCACACCCACUGAGCUCUAUCCCUUCACUCUUUAUGCCUCUAAGACUUGUCCCACUGAAAACAGAAGUUAUUUUUCUACAUCCACUUCAGAAUCACCAUGCCGGCCGAAUGUGGCUUCUUCACAAGCAGGAAGGUAUAACAAAACUGGAACAUACCUGCUUAAUAUAAUAUUUAAUUUAUUCACCCAAAUCUGAAAUCAUAAAGUCCCUGAAGUGUCUACAGCACUUGUGUACAUUUAUCUUUCCUCUUAGAAGGUGUCGGAGGAAGGUGAAAUCCACAAAUCCAAGACUCACUUUGUUUUUCCUCUUUUAUUCCAGUCGGACUCGGUUUCCGGUCUAGCUCAGCUUUCAUCUUUAUUUCAGCUUAUGAAUAUUUAAUGCUCACUAUAGAAAAGGGUACAGUAGAGAUAAUGGCCAUGGCUGUUAUCUUCCCCUCUACAUCUCACACACUUUGGUGAUGGAAGCAGUUGGUUUAUUGAAUGUGGGCUUUGAUAUGCAUUUGAUUAUGCUUGGUAACAUUUUGCCAAAUGAAGAGGAGUGUGAUUACAUGGCAAGUUUGCAACCUUUAUUUCUAAGCUUACGGGAUGGAAAUUGUGUGAAUCUGUCCUUGUUUGCUGUUUAUUUUUCUGAAAAAAAUAGAUUUAAAUAAUGGCCUCAUUCUGAACCUGCUGCUUUUUAUUUCUUAGCUACACAGAAAUAAUGAGUAUUGAGCACAUUUUAACGAUAUAAUUUGAUCGGCGUGCUUCAGAUGAUAUUCUCUCCUCACUGGUACUGAAAGACCUUUCUUUUCCCAUUUGUGCCGUAGCAGUAUUGGGUGUCUUUAUCUCAGUCUGAAAGUAAUUCAGUGAAUUUAUUUCUCACCUAAAGAACAACAAAAAACAGUAACAAUUGCGAACAUUAUUGGAUUGGUGACAGCAAACUCCUGCAGCCUCACUGGAGCCUUCCAGAAAGUGUCAUUGCUCCAUUAUGGUCCAUCACCGUGUGUGUGUGCGCGUGCGUGUGUGUGUGCGUGUGCGUGUUUUGAAGCUUGCACUUGUCCACUGAGUCUCGGGAAUCAAGGUACUUGAUACUGCGAUGUCUGAUGAUUUUAGGAAUCCUGUGGUGGCACUACUGAACACGCCGGAAUGUUACUUGGAGGUAGUCUUCCGUAUAAUGUAGUGUGUAAAUAUAGCCAUGUAUAAAUGUGUGUAUAUAUAAGAUCUCCUAUUUGAAGUAUUACUAAUGGCCUGAUUUUGAAGGUUUUUUCCCCUGAAAGCGUAAUAUAUUGGGACAGCAUUUUGGCUUUAUUGGUGUUAAUAAUUAGUUUAAAAAUGUUAAUAACUGGCUUAUUCUCUCCUUGUGCGUAUUGGAGGUAUAUUAUAUUAAUAAAAGGUGCACAUCAAAGUACAGUUUAUCCCAUACAAAGCUGUGUGCGCACAUCUGUACAAAAUCAGAUUAAUCAAGAAACACAUCUUUACCAUAUGAAUACAAAUGAAUAGUGUAAUCUUAGGAGUUCUUGCCUUAACCUGUUCUACAUAGCUGCCCAUUUCUUCAUUCCUAGCAUUCUCUUUCAGAGACUCCUGUGUAGUACAGCACAUUUAAGUCAGCUUAAUUUACCAUUGUCAAGCUGGUUUUAUAGUGUGCGAGUUACAUUUAUUUACCCAUUCAUAGCCUCCGUUUUCCCAAUUAAAUCCCCGAUUGUGUGUUUCCUGGGCUUGAUUGUAAUUAGAGCUGCUGCAAGAGUCAUUUAGUAAUUUUGGGUUUUGUGCCAGGAAGAAGGUUAAACAUGUGGGUUGUGAAAAAUGUAAAAGAGGAAAAACACAAUGGGAGCACCUUUUAUAAAACAUUUUGGCUUGGACUCUUUUUAUAGCCCUCUUUUUGUUUUUGUUUUUUUAAUUCUUCGCUCAUCUCACUUUUCCUCCUCUCUCGUCUCCUGAGUGAGGAUAUCGGGAUAUGUGAACACUACACUGUGGCAGACAUGAAUGUGUAGAAAAUACUUUAAAACAAAAGCAUUGUAUGUAAUGUACAUAAUGAAUAAAGAUUGUAUUUUGUUCA